AUGAAACAGAUAGUAUUUUUUAUUCUACUACUUCAAUGUUUUAUACAGUUUACGAGUUGUCAAGUAUUACCUCAAAAUGAAAUUGAUUCAGCAGUAUGGAUCAUUCGUCAAUAUGGUAGCACCAUCGCUGAAGAUUCAAAUAGUAUAUGUGGAUCUGCAGUAUUUGAAUGUUCAGCUGGCAAUGCUCAUAUUACACAUGUGUAUUUACGACCUGUAUAUACAACAUUUAUCACCAAUGGAUUAGCACCAAAUACAUUUACUACUAUUUCUCUACCAGAGUGUCUUGCCUUUGAAAUUCAACCACCCGGAGUAUUUUUAAGAGACCCCAAUCAAAGUGUAUACACCAAGUUGACAGGAGGAUUACCAAAAGUAGUCUCUAUAAUGAUAUUUGAUGAUAGAACAUCAAUAUUUCCAAGUGGAUUAUUAGAGUUUUUCCCAUCACUAACAGGAGCUACUCUGUCAUUUGGAAAUGUUACCGUUUUAAAUGACAAUAUGUUGACUGUUAAAAGACCUCUGGCCACAGCCUCGUUUGUUUUCAAUUCUUUAAAAACCUAUCCAUUGUUUGAGAAUGGUACAAAUAGCUUUAUGACCAGCUUGGGUGCCUUUUCAUAUUAUAUUAAUGUCUCUGCUACCGACGCUCCACUAUCAAUCAAUUUAAAGAAUUCACUUUUCAAACAAUUAGCUAGUCUGACAAUUGGAAACAAUGCAAAAGUUAAUUCUGGAACUAUUACUGUCACUGCUAGUUUUCAAUCCAUUUCUUUACUUGCAAUCAGUCCAACUGGUCUAUACAACUUGAUCUCACCAUCACCUGAAAUAAGUACACAAUUGAGAUUUGAAGGAAAAUUCACUUCAGUGCCUACAUUGGAUAAAUUUGUCAAUUUAGUGUAUCUUGUAUCAGACUAUGCUAACCCGGGUGAUCAAUACCCAUUCACUGUAUUCCCCCCAAAAUUACAACAUAUGAUAAGACAAUUUACAACAACUACAACACUUCCAACCCUUCCAGCACCAACCGCCAACUUUCAGAAAUGGCAGUAUCACAGAUUGACCGGAAUCACUACUGUCCCAUGGGCAUUGAUGACUCCAGACAACACAUCAAGAUUACUCGAUAUUAGUAAUAAUCCUACCAUUGCUGGUACUGUUCCACCAAGUUCUUGUAUCAACAAGCUCGAUAUAACCGGAACUCUUAUCUCUAGUCUUCCUGAUUGUUAUUGGUGCUAUUUCAAUGAUAAAAGUAUUAUUAAAACUGAUCUAACCUUACUACCUGGAUUUACAUGUCAACCUACAAUCGAUCAAACUCUGGUUUAUACAAAGGGUUUUAGAGGAGUCCUCACAGGAAAUCUACUAGGGUGGGGUAAUGAGGCACUACAUCCAACUCAAGGAGGUUAUACUCUUGUUCCUGUAGUUCCACAGAAAAUGUUAACAUUAUAUUAUCAAACAAAUGGACUUGAACAAGCUGUAUCAAUUAAAUUGAAUGAAAAUGAAGCUUAUACUAUAAGCUUUAGAAUUCAAGAAGUUGGCAUUAUUUUAACAUCGGUCAAUGCCACUCAACAAUUAAACCAAAAAGUAUGGUUCACUUGGACGUUUUUAUUCUAUAAUAAUAAUCUCCAACACCAAUUCACGGUGUCUCCAUCUUCAAGAAAUUGUACUAUAUUCCAGACCCAAUACAACCAAGCCCUUGGAAGUUCAAUAGUUAGUUGUGAAUUGGACAUUAAUCAAUUAAAUACUGCAACCUAUACUUUUAGAGUAUCAAAUGCUUAUAAUCUAGAAACAUUUAUUGUUCCUUUUAAAUAUUACCCUCGAUUAUUAUCAGGACAAGUUGAUUCAACAAAUCAAAGAUUAAUUUAUUUGUUUGGUGAUUUUAGACAAAACCAUUCUCUGGCAAACAUUACAAUCAAUGAUAAAAUACUAUGUAGUGUAGUAUCAUCAGCUGUUGAUGCAAUUAAUUGUACAUUGUCAGAGAGUGCUAGUUAUGGUCCUGCUAAUGUUAGUAUCUUUGUUGAUGGAUAUCCAUAUAUAUCAAAUGACUUUUUAUAUUUCACAGCUCCACCAAAUAAUAAUGGUUCAACAACUACUUCUGGUGGUUCAACUACAACAACCACUGGAUCAACAACAGGUGGAGGAGGAACAACACCACAAACACAAUGUCAAGAAUCAACAUCAAAUUGUUUUGGACAUGGAUCUUGUGAUGUUAAUGGCCGUUGUCAAUGUGAUAGUGGUUAUAAUCCAAUUGAUAAUUGUUUGACUAAAUAUACCAAUACAACACCGUCUGCAAAUACAACAGCACCAACAUCAUCAUUUGAAAUUGAUGGAACUAAAUGUGAUUUUGAAUUGGUUGCUAUUCAAGAAAUUGAUCCAGAUGGAAAGGUAGUUGGUGAAUUGAUGACAAACAGUUGGAAUGCAAGCAUCAACAAUGAUAAUUCAACAACUUUGGUUAAUUAUCAACUUGUCAAUAUUACUAACCGAAUUUACACUGGCACCAUAGUCAAGGCAAUGAUAUCAUUCUCAACACAACCAAGAGAUAUCCAAUUUGGAGAUCAACUACUUCACAUCAAUCCAAACUCAAUCAAACUGGCAUUGAAUAUCACCAACUGGCAAUACAGCAAUCUAAUAUCAACACUUCGAGUUGUAUUUAGAACCGAUGUCAAUAUGAACCAAACGAUUGAAUAUGAGUGCAAACAACAACCGAUAUCAACAUUUUCAUACGAUCAACUAUCAUCAACCAUCCAAUAUCUCAGAGUAAUCAAAGAUAAUAUCCAAUACAACGGUCGAUUCAUUGAUUAUGUAUUAUCAGAUGGAAGACCAACAUUCUCCAAAACAACACUGAUCAACCAAACAACCAGUCAAUCAUCACCAUCACCAACAACAAUCAUGUCAACAUUGAUUGGAGUAUCAUUACCUCAAUGUCAAUCAUGUUUACUCGACCCAGAUUUCACACCACUUUUAAUCGACAACUCUCAAAGUGAUUGUGAUUCAACCAACAGUAAAACAUGGAAGAUUAUUGUUGGUGUUGUAGUUGGUGGAUUCGCUGCCAUUGCCAUCUCUGUUGGCACUGUAAUAUUAUAUCAAAAGAAAGCAAUUUUUGCCAAACAUAACAAAAUGAUGAGCAAUAGAUUAGCUCAAAUGAACAAUAAAUAA